CGGCUCAUUUCCGGCGACCGCAGUCUGUUGUUGAAUGUACCGUUCUGUCCAGAUUCGGGAUGGUACUCAUCAAGCAAUACCAGGUGCUGUUGCCAUGUUCAGUAGAAGAGUACCAGGUUGGCCAACUGUACUCGGUUGCAGAGGCCAGUAAGAACAACACAGGGGGAGGAGAAGGGAUUGAAGUUCUUCGAAAUGAACCGUAUGAGAAGGAGGGCGAGAAGGGCCAGUACACCCACAAGAUUUACCACAUACACAGCAAGGUUCCCGGUUUUAUUCAGAUGUUUGCCCCCGAAGGAGCCUUGGUUUUUCAUGAGAAAGCCUGGAACGCCUACCCAUACUGUCGCACUAUUGUUACAAAUGAAUACAUGAAAGAUGAUUUCUUCAUUAAGAUUGAAACCUGGCAUAAACCAGACAUAGGAACAACUGAGAAUCCUCAUGGUCUUCCUCCUGAGGAGUGGGAGGACAUUGAGAUCGUUCCCAUUGAUAUAGCCGAUCGCUCUCAGGUGGAUGAUGUGGACUAUAAGGCAGAAGAGGAUCCUGCCAUCUACCACUCAGAGAAAACUGGGAGAGGACCUCUGGGACCCGAAUGGAAGAAAGAGCUUCAUAAUGGUAACUGUCCCUAUAUGACGGCGUAUAAGCUAGUGACGGUUCAUUUUCGUUGGUGGGGUCUGCAGGGACGCGUGGAGAACUUCAUUCAUAAGCAGGAGAAAAGGCUCUUCACUAAUUUCCACCGGCAGCUUUUUUGUUGGCUGGACCGCUGGGUGGACCUCACUAUGGAUGACAUUCGCAGGAUGGAGGAAGAAACGCAGAGGGAGCUGGACCAGAUGCGUAGCCAAGGGUCUGUCCGAGGGAUGAAAGCAGGCGAGGACUAGAGCAGAGCGCCUGAAGAAUGGAAGAAAAACUAAAUAGGGGCUACUUUUUAUUUUACCUCCUUCAAUCCUCAUGGCCAAUCACAACGUGCCACAUCAUUAAGCCCUCCCAAACAGGAAACGCUCAUCCUUUUACCCAGGACAUGUCCAUUACCAUGAAGUGCGAAUGCGUUUGUGUGAAUGCUCAGAGAGUAUGCAUGUGUAUCCGUGGUUUGUGCAGUCUGACUUUUAAACCUCAUCAUUUGCUGCCAAAUUCUUUUUGGACUCGCUUACGACGCGUUAAGUGAUACCGGCAUUUCUUUUUAUAAUUAUUAAGUAUUAUAACUGUUUAAUGGUUUAUUUGGUUCAUUUUGCAACCAUCAGCUUUUUACUGAGUGGAGUAAACGAAUCCCGAGGAAACAUUUCACCACAUGUAUUUUUGACCAUAAAAUAAAUGACUACGUAAUUUACUUCUUAAUUCUGUAAAAAAAAAACUUUGUCAUGGUGUUCAGGAAAUCUCGGUGGAAACUUGUACAUGCCUCAAGAGGUAGUAUCAUUGAUGUCAGAUUAGAGUUUGUUAUACUCGCGUGGCUCAAAGAGUAAACGGUUUUCUGAUUUGGUUUAGUUCGGUUCGGCACUGAUCGCCGUGUGGACGUAGGCGAAUGGAUACGGUUUCAUUUUUAAACUGAGUGCAAGAGCCUUGAAACCCCUCCCACCUUUGACUGACAUGCCGCAGGCCACGCCCCUCCAUUUGUGUGCGGGAUGGUCUGAAUUUUUGGAGAGUGUGACGUACAAUUUACAAUACUGUAACAACAAAUAAAAGAAAACAUCAUUGACUAC